AUGCAGUCAUACGGAUGGAGAAACCACGUCAACAUGAUGUCACUGCUACAGGUCAUAGACAAACAAGACAAGGACCGCCGGAGAAGCCAUUGUAGCCUGUACAAGCCAUCUGGUCAGACACCCACCACGAGACGAAAACCUGUUGUUGGAGUGUGUACCGUUGAUGAAGCCCGCGCAUUGAGCGACAGAUGGAGCAAUGUGCGAAACAACGAGGGAGGCAAUCCGCAAUUUCAACGAUUACUUGGCAGUGACAAUAUUCUAUUUUCAGAGUUUGAUCACGAAUCCCGCGGUGGAAGGGAGUUUUCUCGGUCUAAUGACCAUCCAGUUCUCUAUAAUGACACAGACAUUCGUUUCCCGAGAAUUCCUUUGACACCUGUUAGCCGUUUCCAUAGAAAUACCAAACUGGCCGUUUCCGUUCCCUCGGACAGUAGUUUUGACACUGAGGGUCCGGGAGGACAGACCGUAACGAUCCCUAAGGCAGGGUUGGUUCGAUUACAAUACUGCCACCGCUCUCGAGAAGAAUCGGUCAGAAAUAUUGACAACAAAUCUAAAGUGAUCUCCAUUGUGAAUGAUAUACCAAGUGAAGACUCCAUUGACGUUGUGGUCGCUGCCAAUCAGCCGUCAGAUUACAACACCACCACUACAUUUCAUUGUAAGCCCUCUGUCAUCCGGAUAGACCAGUCGGGUGCAAUUCACGUGCAGGAUAGAAUGCAACUACCUCAAACUGAUCACGACCAGGAACCGGAAGUUGUCAUAACUUCAGAAACAACGCCGAAGAAGGAACAUUCCCCUGUAGUUAUACAAAGACAAUUUUCUGUAGAUUUUGACCAGGACACGGAGUGUUUGGAGGACGAUCCGGAUGUUGCACUCAUUCCAGUCCGUAAAAACACAAGUGGUCGCCGGAAACACAAACAACAGCAGAGCCAGGUAGCUAUGCAUCAGUACUCAGUGGACCAGAAUCUACACAGAAACGUGUACAUGCGUGCUCUUAGAGAUGCGCGCAACAAAUACUUCAAACACGUUCCAUUGGAUAAGACUGUUACGAAGCCGUUUGAAUUCUCCUAUUUUACACUACUUAGUAGAAACGAGGACGGGGAAGUAACAACAGAAAAGAGACUGAAGAAACCAUACGGGAUGAAAAGGAUAUUCGGGGAGAUCCGUAUGGACGAGUAUUACCCAGUGGUACAGACUAAGAAAUAG